GUGAAAUGGCUAUGAAUUCAUCUGAAGUCCUCGAGUACGCAGUGGAAAUAUCACCAUUUUAUAACGCUUUUGUAAUGAUCUUGUUUAUCCUCACCAUAUUCAUAAUUGCUUUCGGAAAUAUCAUGGUUAUUGUGGCUGCCCUCAAGGAACGCAAGCUCCGAACGCAAAGUUACAUCAUUUUCACCAGUCUAGCCGUUUCUGACCUCUGCAUUGGGCUAAUAGGAGCGCCACUUGUUCUCUACACCAGGAUGAUACAAAACAAGAUCACAUGCUCUGUUGCGAAGUCGGUAUACUUUACGGCCUGGAUCUACAUGCUAGUCUAUGUUUCGAUCGUACAUAUUGUACUUAUUACUGCGGAUCGUCUAAUCUCGCUAACGAAACCACUCCACUAUCCGUCAUUGGUGACGACGCGAAGAGUUCGUAUCGUGGUCUUCUUUGUCUGGGCUGGAGGAAUCACCUAUGGGAUCGUUUCUGUGAUUGAGUCUGGAAACCGGGAGGACAACACCUUGACGCAGUUCUGCACUGGAGAAAGAUACACAUCUGAAUCAACCAGGAACUUCUUCGUUGGAAGUGCCAGCUACAUCCUGUUUUCAAGCGUCAUCUUGAUGCUGUUGAAUUUCUUGAUUCUCCGUAUCGCCUUUAACCAUUUCCGUCGGAUGCAACAGCAUGCGAUCGGCCCUCCACGACAAGCAUGGCAAGGUGGACAAGGUCACCAGCAGUACAAAGCCGCAAAGACAACUGUGUUUGUUGUGGGUACUUUCUGCAUCGGAUGGUUCCCUACGAGCAUUUGGUUUUAUCUAAGGGUUUUAGUUCCCAUAAGCCAUAUCGGACAGGUCAUUCUAUUUGACAUUGCUUUUUAUAUUGCCACUUUAAGUUCUGCAGCAAACCCAUUAAUAUAUUGCUUUAAAGACAACCUCUUUCGGCGUACGUUUUGCAAAAUCUUUCCACCUCUUUUGAAACUCCUGGAAAAUACAAGAUUUCGAGUGGAUAUUCAGAUAUAAUAAUUAAUAGGCAAUU